UUUAUGAAUAAGACGUGAUUAAUACGGCCAAUUCAAAAUUUUUUCCAUAGUAGAGAGAUUAUAGAAUACAGCGGAAGCCAAAGAGCAUUUGAUAUCAGUUGACAGUACUCCAUUUGCCAUCAAUUUCCUGUUUUCUUUUUACUGAGUGACUUGUUUUGGAAUUGAUUUCAGAUCAAAACAAAUAGAAAAAAGCUUAUAGAGAGAAAGUUAAUAGCACAAGAAACAACGACUUUUUUUUCGAAUAUGGAGAAACCAGAGACAGCCGAUGGUACGCUCAUCAUCAUUGUGUGUCGUGCCAAACAUCUUCCAAACCGUAGGAAGAUGGAUAAACAAUCUCCAUAUGUCACUAUGAGAAUGGGGCCAGUUGCAAAUAAGACUCCAUCACAUUUCAGAGCAGGUCAGACUCCAGAAUGGACACAUGAAGUGAGGUUUCAGCUUACACGAGAACGGAAACCGCUUAUGAAGUUGGAUGUUCUAGACGAAACGAAAGAUGAACCAACGCCCAUUGGAGCGGUUGAAAUAGAUUGUAGUGAGGUAUUCAAUACACCAGAACAUCGAGUAGAAGGUAAAUACAUUUAUGAUCGUUGGUACGAGCUUACAUUUGCUGGGAAGCGAGCUGGGUUGAUCUAUCUUGAAAUGACUUUUUACCCCAGUGCACCGGUCAUACCGCCCAAAUUACCUUCUCAACCCAUUGGUAGUUGGCUGGGGAACCAAGAACCACACGAGACAGCAGUUGCAGCACCCGCUCAAGAUGAAAUAUAUCAAAAUAUUUCCCCAACGCAUCAUCAUCAUAUCCAUGAACAAGAAUUAAUGCAAAAAAAUAGCGCCGAUGAAGUUUUUGUCAAUGAAUCUCCUCUGAAUAGACGUCAUCAUAAAAAGAAAUCAUCUUAUAGUACAGAAGAAAUUGGUAAUGACGACCAAGGACAUAUGGCCAAGUUAAAGAAACUUAAGGCAAAAUUGACCACCAAGAAACCAAUUGGUACAUUAUUUAAUGAGGGAGAACAAGAUUAUGAGAUGAAAUCUUCUCCUAAAAUACCAAAAGAACUGAAACGUUCAAGGAAAUUCUAUCAACUCCCGGAAAGAUCUGGAGCAAAUCCUCUAAGUGUUGAAUUAGAUGAUGAAGAUUAUGAGAAUUUACAACAAGAGCUUGCACCAAAUCCACCUCCACAUUUAUCUGGACAUUCAUAUUCCAGUCAGGGAACUGGUUAUAACUCAUCUGGGGCCUAUACAUCAGUGGUGGACUCACCUCCACCAACUCCUAUGAAAGAUGCAAGAUAUACUUCACCAACAAGACAAUCUCCACCAAAAAAGUAUUCAUCCCAUUCUGCCAGUAGUAGUCUUAGUAGGAAACCACCACCACCAUUAAGUGAUUCAACCUCGAGUUCAAUGCUCUCAGCAAGUUUACAAAAAUUAAAUUUUGGAGGAAUUUCAACUACAUCUAUCCCAUUCUCAGCUGAUACCAUUGGACUUGAAGAUGAUGAAGAUGGAAAUAAUGGAUAUUCAAGAAGUGAUGGACUCCCUACUCAAGUGUAUAUGUUUGAUAAACCUGUUAAAUCACUUUCACAUUCAGGGACUAUCAAUCCAGUGGGUAAGAAGAAUGUGAACAAUAAGUAUGAUGCACCACAUGCCGAUGAAUUGGAUCCAAAAUAUUAUGCUCCAACUCCAACUGAACAUCUUUCCAAGACUUUAAGACUUCAACAUGGGAAUAUAAAAAAAAAUGAUGUACUGAUUGAUCUUCGUACGGAAACCACUGGAUAUUUGGGAGAUGGAGAAUGGAAACAUGAUAAGUUUUCACCAUCAGUGUUUGAUAGAAUGCCAAAUAAUUUAUCUUCAGAUAAUAGAAAACCAUCAGUACCUCCAAAGAUUCCAAAGGGAUUACUGGAAUUGGAGUAUUAUGUAUUAGAGAAGGAAAAUUUUCUAAAGGAUAUUAAUGGGAGACGAAGUUAAGAAAGAUAUAGAAAAGAGAGGGAAAACGGGAAGUAAAUUUCCAUGAAUGCCCUGCAAGGAAUGACGGACAUGUACUAUGUAAUUUCUCAGUACCAAACCUGGUGCCGAUGUCCAGUUAUAUGGCGAUAAGCCUUUUGUUUCUUUUUUUUUUUUCUUUGGUGGGAAUAAUUUAUUUACAAAUGAAAGUCAUUAAUAGGUAUGUAAUUGAGAA